AUAACGCCAAAAUAAACAUUGUAUAUUUAUCAUGUUUAUGGCUUGAUAUUAGAAAAAAACUGUCAUCAAGGAAAGAACAAUGCUUACAGCGGGCAGCUUGAUCAGUUCAGAGUGGCCCAGUACUGCUGAAGGCAGAGAUAUGUUAUCAUGUCUCUUCACCAGAAACAAACAGCGACUGAGAACAUUUGGCCUUCUAGAAAGACCACCUUUAUCAGCACAUAUUGAGGAAGCCAGAUACAAGAUAUUACUAUCGGGAAAAACUGGUGUUGGGAAAACCUGUACAGUUGCAAAGCUGACGGGUCAUGACAUACCAAAAACACAUACAGAGACAGCAGGGAUUCAGACAAGUACAUGUUACUGGCCUGUCAAAGUCCAGGACUUGAAUAAAGUGAUGCUAUUUCGCCUCCAGUUCUGGGAUACAGGGGAUGCAGCAUGCAAGAAAUUUGACCAUAUCAUGCCUGCAUGUACAGACAGAGUUGAUGCAGUUUUGUUUCUAUUUUCAUUAAUAGAUAAGUCAAGCUUUGAUGAACUUCAUCAGCAGAUAAGUCGUCUAACUUCACCUAAUGAUAACAUUGCAAGAGUUGUGGUGGCUACAAAAUGCGAUCAGCAUGCUCAUGCAGAGGUCACACAGAGAGAUAUCCGAGAUUUUGAGAAAACUUGGAAUAUUCCGGUACUCAAGAUGAAAAACACUGUCGAUAGCACCCAGUCGGACUCCAGUGAUAUAGUACAUGCUUUGAAUACAAUUUGUGAACAUUUAUGGCAGCGUGAUUUAAUUUUAGCAGGAAAAAUACCAAAACCUGUUCCUGAGCAAAGAACGGACACUGUGAAGAAAACAUUUACAUCAGAUGAAUAUGUUUGAAAGAUAUUACAUAUUCAGAAAGAAAUUUAGACCUGAUUUAAAUAAGUAAAGGCAGCUGGCUUCAGAAUCUGCAUGCAGUGACAAUGAUCUGGAAAAAGAAAUAAAUCAUUUUUAUCUUGACUUUUUCAAAGAAAAAUAAAUUUCGAGCUAUUGCUA